CAUGCGCUGCUGGGUGUGGAUUGGAUGGCGCCGCUGAAAUAACUGUGGCGGGACGGUUGAAGGGAAAUUCAGCCUUUCUCACUCAAGGGGGAAUUACACAUGAAGUCAAUAAGGCUGGGACAUUCAAUAAACAAUACCACAAGAUCACUGGGUGAACUGAGUAUGAGGCGAUCAGCAGCUCCAAGCCAACUGCUGGGGAAUUCAACCAAAAAGCCAAGAUUUAUGCCUCCAGGGAAAGCCAUUACAGUAUAUCUGAAGAAAAAACCUGACCACUCAGACCCAGAAAUUAAAAUAAAUGAGGUGGAUGAGAAACAACAGAAUGGCUCGACAUCUCUAAACAUUUCUUCCAGCACUUGUGGCUUCAGUCCUACAAUAGCUGGGAAAUCUGAUAAAGGAGAUCGAGAAAAUUGGCAUUUGGGCACUACAGUGAAAUCAAUAAAUAGAACUGAAACAGGCUCAGUAUGCACAGUGGCAGCAGAAAUGUCAAGGCUGCAAGAAGAGCCGAGCUGCCUUACAAAAUACUUCAGUGCAAUGUGGUGUAAGAUCUCAAAGAAAAAACAUAAGAAAUGGGAAGGUGAUGCUGUUCUUAUUGUGAAGGGGAAAUCAGUUGUACUGAAAGACAUGGAAGGCAAAGACAUUGGAAGAGGCACUGGAUACAAAGCCCAAGUCCUGGAAAAUCUUGCUGAAGGUCAAACUCUUACGAUUGGAGGCAAAGAAAUUGAAGUGUUGGGUGUCAUUCUGGAAGAGGAUUUCCAAAGUGGCAAAUGUUUUCAGUCUGGUGCAGAGAUUCUGAUGGAUACUUUGAAUUCUCCACAAUCCACUUUGAAGCCAUUCUGUAACCCUCUCAAAAAUGCAUGCAAAAUCAACACUCAAGUAAACUUGCUCAAAGGCUUCCAGAACUGUAAACCUCGUCAUGAUCCAUGUGCACCAAAUUGCUUAGUUAUGCCACGCCCAACCUCAAAUCACCAGCAGAUGUUCAAUAAAAUGGAUUUGCCUAUUGUGGACGUAGUUGUGGAUCCUCACAUUGUAAAUCAUCUUCGGCCGCACCAAAAAGAAGGAAUUAUAUUUCUUUAUGAGUGUGUGAUGGGAAUGAGAGUGAAUGGCAGAUUUGGAGCUAUACUGGCUGAUGAAAUGGGCUUAGGGAAAACACUGCAGUGCAUUUCGCUCAUCUGGACUCUGCUGCGUCAGGGGCCGUAUGGAUGCAAACCUGUCGUAAGACAAGCCUUGGUAGUCACUCCUGGGAGCCUGGUGAAGAACUGGGGGAAAGAAUUUCAGAAGUGGUUGGGAAAUGAAAGAAUCAAGGUGUUUUUGGUUGAUCAGGAUCACAAGGUGGAAGAGUUCAUAAAUUGCCCCCUUUAUCUGGUCCUGGUCAUUAGUUAUGAGAUGCUUCUUCGCUCCUUGGAUCAAAUUCAGAAGACAGAAUUCAGUCUUAUAAUCUGUGACGAGGGACACCGUUUGAAAAACACCUCCAUUAAAACAACUGCUGCCCUUGCCAGCCUAUCUUGUGAAAGAAGAAUUAUUCUUACAGGUACUCCAGUACAAAAUGAUCUGCAAGAAUUCUAUGCGUUAAUAGAGUUUGUAAAUCCUGGAAUACUCGGUCCUUUAUCUGCAUACAGAAAAGUGUAUGAAGAACCUAUUAUCAGAUCACGAGAGCCUUCGGCAACACCGGAAGAAAUUGAACUAGGGGAGAGAAGGGCAGCAGAGCUCACCCGCCUAACCGGACUCUUUAUUCUCAGAAGGAUGCAAGGAAGCAUUGACAAAUUUCUCCCCCCUAAGAAGGAGAGCAUCCUUUUCUGCCGCCCGACUGCACUGCAGCUUGAGCUCUAUCGAAGACUGCUGAGUUCUCAGAUGGUCAGGUCAUGCCUGCAAGGCAGCCUAGAGAACAGCCCACAUUUAGUAUGUAUUGGAGCCCUGAAAAAACUUUGCAACCAUCCCAGCCUUCUUUUCAAAACCAUGAAGGAGAAAGAACAUAACCCAAAUUGUGAUGAACAAGAAAAACUGAAUCUCUACAAGGGUUUACUUGAUAUUUUUUCUCAAGAAUAUACCACAACAUCUUUCUUGGAGACAGACUCAGGAAAAUUGCAGGUGCUGACACAGCUGCUGGCUGCCAUUCAUGAACACAACCCUUCAGAAAGAGUCGUUGUGGUAUCUAAUUACACCCAGAUGCUGAAUGUGUUGCAAGAGGUUUGCAAACGUUAUGGAUAUUCCUAUACAAGACUUGAUGGCAGCACUCCCGUCUCCCAGAGACAACAGAUAGUUGAUGGCUUUAAUAGCAAAUUUUGUCCAGCAUUUGUCUUCCUGCUGAGUUCGAAGGCAGGCGGUGUGGGCCUGAACCUUGUUGGCGCUUCUCACUUAAUCCUAUAUGAUAUUGACUGGAAUCCAGCCACUGAUAUUCAGGCAAUGGCCAGAGUGUGGAGAGAUGGACAGAGGCACACAGUACAUAUCUACAGACUUCUUACUACAGGUACAAUUGAAGAGAAAAUCUAUCAGAGGCAGAUCUGCAAGCAAGGUUUGUCUGGGGCAGUUGUAGACUUUUCCAAGGGAUCUGAACACAUCCGUUUUUCUGUUGAAGAACUUAGAAAUCUGUUUAUACUGCAUGAAGAUUCCCAGUGUGUUACUCAUGACCUGCUGGAAUGUAAAUGUAUGGGAAAGAAAGAUGGUCAAGGACUUCCAGAAAUGCUUUCUGUACAGGAAGAUUGCGAGCUUGGCCAAAGCAAGGGGAAACUCGACUCCAAAAAAACCCUGUCUAUGUCUCAGCUGAUGCAGUGGAAACAUUUGUCUGGGGAGCAUGAGAAUCUACCUGGUCCCUUCCUCAAAAGAAUAAAAGGAAAUAUUACAUUCAUUUUCCAAAAUGUGACCAAUUGAGAGAUGCCCCAAAAGAUCACUUAGUGUUUCAUUGUCACAGUAUACUCUUGGUUGCCGAUACAUAUUUUUUCAAGCAACAUAAAAUAAAAUAAUAGGGUUGCCAGGGAAUUUUAAGAGCAUGCAAUAUGAUGAAUAUUGUUUUUAUUCUUAAAUAAAUUUUGAUGGAGGGGAAUCUUCUUGGUCACAUGUUGGCAAUUUUCCAUCAGCUGCCCAUGGGGCUGACUUCAUCCAAGAGUCUCCUUUUCAUUGUAACCAGAAGGAUCUUUCAUCUAACUAUGGGCACUUUUCCCCCAGCACUAAACUUGCAUGUGGUGCUCACAAUCAGUGCAUUGUCUCUCAAUGCAAAGCUUUUAUUGUGGGGAUUAUCGCAUUUCCCAAGCUCUAACAGUGCACUGUUACCUGGGAAUAUGAAAUAUUUUCCCCAGAUUGCAGAGCUAUACCAAUGUGAUUGUCACAUGCAGUUUUCUGCAUGUAUCCUAGGCACCUAUUUAGCUAUUCUCUCUGGACACUGCUAUUGCCAAAUGCUCUGCACUGUUUGUAAAGGGAUAGUUGUUACUUUUAAAACAUGUUUCAGUGGCUCUUAGGCCCACUAUUGUGCAGCCACAGUGAUUAAUGUGUUAAUAUCACAUGUUUACCACUUAACGUCAUUUGGUCCCACUGUUGUGGUUAAUCAUAGUAAGUGUUUUCUGUAUAGAUACUGAGAGAUAUGGGUUCAAAUUUCACUUUUUCCAGAGCUGGUGCUAGGAUAAUUUAAGAAAAUGUUGCAGGAGUGUGUUUCUGCUCAAUGGAAGAAAUUUGCUUUGCCCAAGAAAGAUUCCUACUU